ACACUGUAAUCCCUAACAGUUGUUCUAGCUCAUAACUAAUAAGCUCAUAACACUCAAAUGUCGUUUUGUAGUUGAGCAAACUAUAAAGUAUUGAGCUCUGUUGGCUUUUAUGCAACUUUAAUUGAAUAGGGCUCAAUAUUUUUUAGCUAAUUUGUUUGGAACGCUCAAAAAGUUUAAGAAGCAUAUAUUAGUGACGUUCUGGUGGGUGGAGUCUUGUCGCUCCCUCAGGAAAGCUGAGUCAGCCAUCUUGAAUUUACCUUGAUGCGGGGAAGAUUUGGCCUGCCCGUGUGGAUUAAGAGUCCCCAACUUCAACCUACAACGACCACCACCUUAAUUUUUUUCAUCAACUGCCCUAAAUUUGAUUAGAGGGGUAUUCCACUAAGCGAGCUCUACAAGUCAAGACUGGGCAGUGGGUCCAUGAAUAAACUGCCUCACUCCUGCAGGUGUCUGUCCAUACUUCCCAUCGUUCAAGAACCAAAAGAUGGCUGCUGCCCAGAAGCAUGUGCUGCAUGUGUAUGUUGAACGAGACACCGCCCUGAAACUUACUCUACUUGAGCGACCAAAGUCAGUGGAGGAGCUGAAAGAAAUAAUUCAAGAGAGGUUCAAGCCAAGACUGAAUGGGGACUUUAGCCUUCACUAUGUCCUCAUGGACACAACCUAUGCCCUAUGUCGCCAAGAAAUUGUUGGAGCUGUUGGAGCUCCACGAGUGAGAGACAUCGUGGACAGAUGGCCAGCCCUACUUAUGGAGUCACAGGUGGUUGCAGAGUUCCACCGAAUCAAGAAUGUUAACCUGCGCACUCAAUUCUACAAGGAGCUGGACAGACACACGCCUAGACUCAUCACUUUGUUCCGAGACAAGGCCAUCAAGACUGGCAAGAUUGCAGAGGAGCUAGCAAAGCUCAUGAGAAUUUAUGACAUUCAGGAACAGCGUGAUGUAAAUACAAGACGGGUCCUCGUCCUUCAUGCACUUCCUGUGUACCUGCGUGAAGAUGCCUCCACGUUAUUCAGGACUUGUGAUUCAGCAGAUGGUCCAGACCUCACUGACACUCCUGUGGCUCUGCUGACAGUUGUCACGGAUGACACUACUGAUUCGGCCCUCUUCAGUCCCGAAAGCAUCUGCAUUGUUGUUGAGGAUGAAAUACUUGUGAAUGGUCCCACAAAUCUGGCUGACUCAUUUCUCCUGCUCUUUGGGUACAUCUAUGCACUAGACCUACAAUACCCAAAGAAACUUGAGCUUACAUUCACAUUUAUCCAGAAGGUUGUGAUGUGCCUUGAGGACAACAAACCACUGAAAGGGCGUCUACUGAUGCUGAAGAAUGAUUUGUUCAAUGAGUGAAUCACUCAGAAUGGACUACUUGUUGAGCUGAGUAUUGAGGAAGCUUUUUUUUUUUUUCCUAAUCAUUUGGCUCUUCUACUUUAAAUUUGAAGUGAAUGACUGCUCAUUUCGUGGACUAUUCAUGUUUAACGUUCUGUUGCCUAAUACCUUAAUGCACUGCCUUGAUGUUUGUUACCUAUGAAGUACAGCAGUGGAAACCAGUACAUUUUUUUUAUGUAUUUUUAAAAUAAGUGAGCUGCAGCUGUCAAGGUACAGUAAGUGUUAAAUGCCUCAAUGUUCUAAUAGCUGCAAUUGCUGUUAAUACUGAAAAUGUUAUUUAAUUUUAGAAUUGAGAUGGAGACCCUUGGAGUCUUUCUUUUGUUUUAUUUAUGAAGCACUUUUUUAUGAGUGAGCUCCGUUAUCUGUGCCUUUUUAAAAGCACAUUGUGUUUAAUAAAAAAAGUUGUUAAAUUGU